AUGGUAUCGACAUUAAAUGAACGCGAUAUCGUUAUGGCGAUGGAGGCAAUGGCUAAAGAUAAAAAUUUAAGCCUCCGGAAAGCUGCCAAGAUUUACAAUAUUACUCAUACGACACUCAUGCGUAGAAUGAAAGGGAUCACUCCUGCCUCCGAAUAUCGUCAAAAACAGCAUAAAAUUACUAAAAUUGAAGAGGAGGUUAUUAUUCAGCAUAUAAUCGAUAUGGAUGAGCGAGGAUUUAAUCCUAAAUUCAUAAGUGUUGAAAGUAUGGCGAAUCACAUUCUUGAAUCGAGGGGUGGAAAGCGUAUUGGUAAACAAUGGGCAUAUCGAUUCGUGAAUCGAUACAAUAUUCUAAAAACGCAUUUUAAUCAUGCCUACGAUUUCCAAAGAGCUCUCUGCGAGGAUCCUAAGCUUAUUAAUAAGUGGUUUCAAUUAUUCAAAAAUAUAAAGGCAAAAUAUGGAAUACAGGAGUGUGAUAUAUGGAAUUUUGAUGAAGCAAGCUUUAUGAUGGGAGUGAUAUCCUCUAGUAUGGUUAUUACUAAUGCAGAUAGACGUGACAAAAGUAAAGGAAUACAGCUAGGCAAUAGAGAAUAG